AAUCCCGAUCAAAGAAAGUGACUAAUAAAUGGGCAGAAGUUUCCAAGAGCAUAAUUUCCAUGCCCCCCUACCCACUCCACCAAAAUAAAAAUAUUAAUCUUUCGAUUACACAUUUCAAUGCAAUUUUCGUUUCAGAGGAACAAAUUUCUUUUGCUGUGGAAAUUAAAACAGUAGCUUCUAACUCAAUCUUUUCUUUUACGGCUCAAAAUGGAUCUUCAACAUCCAAAUGACAACAAGCUUGAAGACGAUGACCAAACCAUCUGUAUGAACGUUGAUUUAUCCCUUCACAAAACAGAUCCUUAUCAUGCGCUCUUAGAUAUUCCGUUUGAUUUUGAUUUCUCAAGUGAUUCGAAGAAAUUGUCCACCCAGCCGGAUAAUAAUGAAUCAUAUGUUACUCCUCGCUUGCACAAAUUUAUUUCGAAACAGGACUUACGCAAGGAACUUCUACGUCGUUGGUCAUCUUUUUUAGUCUCGACUGUUGUUUUUAUUGGUCUUUUCUACAAUAUAUGGAGCACCAUAUUAUUACCUAUGCAAAAGCAACGUAUUCACCGCUUUUACAUAUGGUCAUCCUUCCUAGGGUUGUUGGGUUUUAUUGUGUUUGUUUCAGCUGUUGCUGUAAUGAUUCUUGCUGGUGGAGUAUUCUCUUCUACGCAGAAAGCUAUGCUUAUCAUUUUGCUUCUUUGGAUGCAUAUUCAAUCUGCUAACUCAAUCCUCGAAGUUUGCGUAAUAUUACUCGGCGGAGUUUUCAUGGCGUGGUAUGCUUUUUGGAAAAAGGAAUCACCAACUGAUGAAAGUGAUAUCCAAUCAUCAAACAUGUUAGCUAAUAAGUUGUCAGCUCAAACAAUAAAAUGAAGGGUCUGGCUAACCAGUGCCCUCAGGGCAAUGGUUAAGCAUUCCAAAAAAAGAAAAUAUUUUAUAAAAAAUUUAAUUUUUCAAUUUUUAAGAUAUUAAAUACGGAGAUUGGCGAGAUAAAUUUAUUAUUUUUAAAGUCUUAAUCAUUAUCUUGAAGACACUGGUUAGCAUUUCCCUAAAAUGAAUGUUCGUGUAUCUGUUUUCUUUUUUAUGAAGCACAUUCACGACAAGGAUGUGGCUGCCCUGAUAAGAAUUUGAAAAAUAAAUGAAGUAGUAAAGGUAAUUGGUUUAUGUGUUA